AUGAUUCGAAAAAGAAAAUCAAAGGUGGCGGAAAAUGAACAGGUCGAGGUGGGCAAGGAGGAAGAGUUAAUGGAAGGACAAUGUGUGCUCACGAAGAAAGAUUCGGCUAUGAAAUGUGUAGAGGAAAUAAGCGAAAAGGGGAGAGAAGAAGUCAACUAUACGAAGAUAAAAGAAUCAGGAACAUUAGAAACCAUCACUUAUGCCUCCUCCCCCAAGGACAGUGCUCAUGUUAGAGAAGAUAAAAGUAGCGUUAGAAACUGUGAUGAAAUGAAAAGAAGAGAAAAUUCGAUGCAUGAUGAAAUUACAGAUAAGGAAGAAAAUAUAAGAAGUUCAAUUACACUGGAACAAUUAAAUUACGAAUCCUCUCCAAGUAUGGACAGAUCGGAAAGUCAAAAAAAUGAGGAAAUGAAAUUUAAAGGCAUCGAUGAAUUGUGCAAUAAAUACGAUAAGGAGGUACAAAAUUUACUGGAAAUUUUUGAUCAUCUCAGUUUUUCUUGGUUAUUUAAAAAUCCCUUUUGUCCCACAAUUAGUAGAGAUGAGAAAAUUGUCAGAAUUUUUUACUACUCUGGAUUCUCCCUUUUCCCAUAUUUAGGAUGGGUCAUAGCUUCAAUUUUUGGAUCCUUCUGUAAAGAGAGAAAUAAUAAAAAUAUUGUAUCGCUACGAAUUAUCAGCUCCAUCCAAUGUGCCUUCUUUGGCUUCAUGAUUGUUCUAAUAAUGGCAGUUAUUAACAUGAACAACCGAAGCGCGCUGCAGUGUAAAUAUGAAGGAAUAUCAAUUAAAAAAAAACUGGUUAAAGACAGCAAAUACAACGUUGUGUUUUUUGGGCCGAUGAGCACGGACGACUGGAUGAGUUCGAGAGUAGCCAAAAUCGCCGAGGAUCUGCAAUUCAAUGUCUACACCAUUAGCUACCCGAAUAUCAAGAAUAGACUAAUCAAAAGAAAGCGCCAUGUAUUUUUGAAGGAUGCCUUAGCAUGCGCAAAGUUGAAAUAUUCCCGUGUUAUCUUGUUUUCCUUUCAAAUAGAGAGCGCGGUAAAUUUCACCAUCCCGUUUCUUGAGAGAAGUCAAGUUCUAGGGUUUCUAAGCUACUCCAAAAAAUAUCCCAAGAAGGCUCCUAUGCUAGAGAACGAAGGACAGGAGAAGAUAAUUUAUUUCACCCCUGAUGAAAAGAAUUUAUAUGAUAUUUAUAUCUCCCUAAGAUUGAGGAUAUGCAAAAAUGAACAAAAGAAAUACUACAACAUUUUGCACAUCAUACAUCACAGCUUCAAUAAGUACAGGAUUAGAUGCGCGCAAAAUUUAGCAGAAGACUACAGUAUAACAGUGAAUAACUUUAACUUCAACACCACUGGGGUGGAGAACAAAGGAGAAAAAUACGAAGAUGAGGAUUUCAAGGAAGUGAUUGACGAUUUUUAUCAGUACUUGGCAUUCAUCCGGGAUAUCAUUUCACAAAAUAACUUGGAAUUUUACAGGAAAAUGCUCUGUGAAAAUACCAUGUGCGAUUCGAAAGGGUCAGUAUGUGUUCUCUGA